AUGGCCACCAAUCCAAAUGGUCAUGGUGAUGGCCAAGCUAAACGCACCUUGGAGGAUUAUUCUACAUUCUCAAGGCCUCUUCACUUCAACAGCAUUGCUAGGCCAAGGGUUAAUGCCGCCAACAUGGAGAUGAAGCCUGCUCUCAUCCAUUUGGUGCAAAAUAAUCAAUUCCAUGGCCUGUCUCAUGAGAAUCCAUACAAUCAUUUGGCCACCUUCCUUGAUAUUUGUAAUACUGUGAAGAUUCAUGAUGUACCUGAUGAAGCUAUAAGGCUCAGCCUGUUUCCAUUCUCAUUGGGAGGCAACGCCAAGGUGUGGUUGAAUUCUUUUCCUGAGAAUAGCUUCACGGCAUGGGAGGAUGUGGUUGCCAAGUUCCUCAACAAAUACUUCCCACAGUCAAAAGUAAAUAAAGGAAAGCAGGAAAUAUCAUCUUUUCAGCAAGAUGAUAGUGAAACUUUGAGUCAAGCAUGGGAUAGGUUCAAGGGCUUACUACGAAAGACGCCCACUCAUGGGUUUGAUGAGCCUACCGUCCUGACUAUGUUUUUGGGAGGAUUGAGAUCCCAAACCAAAUUGAUGUUGGAUGCCUCAGCUGGAGGAAAUAUUCGAUGGAAGACACCAGAAGAAGCCCAUGAGCUAAUAGAAAACAUGGCUGCAAAUGACAGUGAAUUGCAGAAUGAAAGGGCUCAACAAAAAGGUGUUUUUCAACUACAAUCUCAAGACGCCUUGUUAGCUCAAAACAAAAUAAUGACCCAACAACUCGAAGCUCUCAUGAAUAAGCUCUCUCAACUUCCUAAAGAGCUCCAUAAUGUUUCUCAAGCUCAACAUCAAGGAUGUGAGCUAUGUGGUGGAGAUCAUGUAAAUGGUCAGUGUGUCAUGCAAGCCAAUUUCCAAGAGGUGAAUUAUAUGGGUAAUCAAGACCACCAAGGUAACUACAACCAAGGAUGGAGACCUUACCCAAGCAUGGGCCAAGGACAAGCUGGGCCAUCAAACAGACCACCUCAACAAUAA